ACAGGACCCGCAGGCGAAUAAGUCAUUGUCAGAAAAACAAACCCAGCACGUACUAUAUUCAGUCUGUAGAUGUAGACUAAAAGAAUUAUAUUGUGUACCAGCAGCACCUAACACCACUUGAGAAAUGUCAACACAACUUUUUUGCGCUUCGCGCAUUCUGCGCCAAGCUAGCAGAACAAAACUACCAACCACUCUGAAAAGUGCACCAUAUUCGUCUCAAACAAAACCACUUACACCCGGAGAUCGCUUACAGGGUUAUCGCGUUCAACAGGUGCGUCAAGUACCCGAACUGGAACUUACAGCAGUGGCGUUAGAACAUGAGGCCACGGGCGCCCAGCAUUUGCAUAUUGAUCGCGACGAUUCCAAUAACGUUUUUGCGGUUGGAUUCCAUACACCUGUUAGCGACAGCACAGGCGUACCUCAUAUUCUGGAACACACCACGCUUUGUGGUAGCGAAAAAUACCCUGUACGAGAUCCGUUUUUCAAGAUGUUGAACCGUAGUUUGGCAACAUUUAUGAAUGCUUUUACAGCGAGUGAUUACACCAUCUAUCCAUUUGCUACCACGAAUCCGGUCGAUUAUGCCAACCUUCGAAGUGUAUAUAUGGAUGCUGUGUUUCAUCCACGUUUGGAAAAGUUGGACUUUAAGCAGGAGGGUUGGCGUUUAGAGCAUGAAGAUCCUAUGGAUACUUCAACCCCGAUCACAUUCAAGGGUGUUGUAUACAAUGAAAUGAAGGGUCAAACGUCGGAUGCUAAUUAUUUGUAUUAUGUUCGCGCUCACGAAUCGAUGUUUCCUGGAACGACUUAUGAACACUCUAGUGGUGGCGAGCCUGCUCGCAUUCCUGACUUGACGCAUGAACAGCUGGUCGAAUUCCAUAAAACACACUAUAACCCAAGCAAUGCCCGAUUUUAUACAUAUGGCAAUUUCCCCUUGGAAGAUCAUUUGUCGGCUAUCGAAGAACGUCUAUCGAGUUUCAAGCGCGUAGAUGUACCCCAUGUAAAUAAAAAAGUGACGCCCUGGACAGAACCAAGAAAGAUGUCAAGCACCUGUGCAUUUGAUCCUUUGAGCCCACCUGAUAGACAGACCAGAGUAUCGCUUUCAUUUUUGGGAAAUGAAACCAAGGAUACGUUCGAGACAUUCUCUAUGCGAUUGCUGUCGUAUUUGUUGCUCGACGGCCAUGCUUCGCCCAUGUAUAAGGCUCUGAUCGACACUAAUUUGGGAUCCGAGUUCUCUGCUAACACCGGUUAUGAUAGCUCCACAAGGACGAGCUGCUUAUCGAUAGGUCUGCAAGGUGUCAAGGACAGUGAUGUUGGGUUGGUACAAGAACGCAUUUUAGCUGUUCUCAAUGACGUCAAAAAAGAAGGUUUUGAUAACAAGAGAAUUGAAGCGGCAAUUCAUCAAAUGGAGUUAGGCCAAAAGCACAAAACUGCCGACUUUGGCCUGACCCUAAUGCACGGCAUAUCCUCUGGUUGGUUCAAUGAGGUGGACCCUAUCAACCUUCUGGAAAUCAAUAAGAAUAUUGAGCGACUCAAGCAAGAACUUGCCACGGGCAACUUUUUCGAGUCGCGUAUUGACAAGUACUUGUUGAACAAUCAACAUAAACUUGUCUUUACAAUGCAACCUGACGGUGACUACUCUGCCAAGUUAUCUAAAGACGAAGAGCAACGAUUGGCCAGUAAGGUCAGCCAGCUAACUGAUACUGAUAAGGCGGAAAUCGCAGAGCAAGGCAAGCAGUUAUCAGCCAAUCAGGACAAGGUGGAAGAUCUCUCAUGUCUCCCGACGCUCCACCUCAAAGACAUAUCUCCCAAAAUGAAACGGACGGUAUUGGACCAUACUGGACUGUGCAACACGCCUGUUCAAUGGCGAACCACGGCAACCAACGGUAUCACUUAUUUCCGGGCGAUCAGCAGCUUACCCUCGAUACAAGAUGAUCUUAAGCUGUACCUCCCCUUAUUUUGCGAUGCGCUUUUAUCGCUGGGUACUCGAACACAGAGCAUGGCUGAGAUCGAUGAUGAAAUCAGGCUGUACACAGGCGGCCUUCGUGCUUCCACGGUGGUGUCCACCAACCAUUCAGAUAUUGACCAUAUCGAAGAAGGCAUUGCAUUGAUUGGCAACUGUUUGGACCGCAAUGUGGACAAGAUGUAUGAUAUACUUUCCAAGCUUAUUCUCGAAACCAACUUUGACGAUACCGAAAAGUUAAAGACGUUGAUUAUUGGUAAUGCUUCUGGCUUGGUGAAUUCUGUGGCAGAUUCCGGACACAUAUUUGCCAGAACCUAUGCAGCAUCAUCCUUGACUCCGGCUAUGCAUAAUGCGGAAUUGCUUAGCGGCAUGACGCAAGUUGCUUUUAUGAACCAGCUAGCAUCUACUGAGGACUUGUCAGACGUCGUAUCCAAGCUCAAGGCAAUUGCAUCUACUGUCUUGAAACAACCAACGUUGCGCGUUGCAGUUACAUGUGGUGACGAUGCCGUGUCGGCCAACGAAAGUGCUCUGUCCCGGUUCAUUUCGAGCUUACCCAACGAUGAUCAUGUGCCUCAUCAAGCACAACCGAGUGUCUUUGCGCCCAAGUAUAACAAGACAUUCUUCCCGCUACCGUUCUCGGUAAACUUCUCUGGAAAAGCCCUUCGCGGUGUACCAUACACACAUCCAGAUGGUGCCAAGCUUCAGGUCCUAUCGUCACUUAUGACAAACCACUAUUUGCAUCGUGAGAUCCGCGAAAAGAAUGGUGCCUAUGGUGGUGGUGCACGCUAUGCUGGAUUAAAUGGCUUGCUUUCAUUCUACUCGUAUCGUGAUCCGCGCACGUUAGAGACACUCCGUACAUAUGCAUCGGCAACGGAUUGGGUGUUGGACCGCAAGUUUGCCGACCAGGAAAUGACAGAAGCUAAGCUGUCCAUCUUCCAAGGCGUAGACGCUCCGAUCAGUGUCUCUGAAGAAGGAAUGCUGCAGUUUGUAAAUGGUGUGUCAGACGAUAUGCGACAACGGCGACGUGAGCAAUUGCUUGGAGUGAGUCAGAACGACAUCCGUGAAGUUGCCGAGCAAUAUUUGACGACAAACGAAGCAUCAAUGGCGAUCCUUGGCGAAGCUAACGACAAGUUACUGAAUGAUCCAUCGUGGACGGUCCAACAGUUUGGCCAAUAGACAUAGAAAACAAACAACAAGCUGCAAAUAGAAUUAUAAAAAAAUAAAAUAGAAAGAUAACUGUGUACACGUUCCCUCUUUGUAACCACAGCGACUGAUAAUGCAACUUAGAUUACAACAUAAAAAGAUAAAAAAG